AUGCCUACAGUUUUGAUUCGUAGCGCGGUUGCCACCAAAGUUAUGGCUUUCCAACGAGUGCCUGCAGUUCGACCGAGCGGAUUGAUCCGGAAAAAGCCGGUCGUGAAUCCCUGUCGUUGUUUGUUCGGAACCCCUGACCACCAGGAAGCAAUUCGGAUCGCUCGCGAUGAGAUCAAGGAAGAGCAGAAGCGUUUAGCGAGCAAGUACAACUUUGACUUCGAGAGUUGUUCCCCGCUCCCUGGAAAAUACCUCUACGAGAAAAUCGAUCGAUCCGUCGAUGAAAUCGCCGCCCGGUUAAUGAACGACGAUGCCGAUACCGAAAACCAGGAGAAAUCCGUCAAUUCGCAGCAGAAAAAUCUCACCGAUUUCUACACAGUAUCGCGGAAACGAUCGUGCACCUUCGAAACUCCCAAAGAAAAAACUCUGACCACGAGUUCUCGACUUAGGAUUCCGGAACUUCGGGAGUGACGCCCUACAUUGACAGCAUAUGAGGAUUCUUCAGUUUCGAAGAUGUUGUGAUCAAACCGGUGAUAUGUGUUACGAGCUCGGGAUCGACGGCGCUCGUGACUCAAGUUGUACAAAAAUCUGUAUCUAGACCCGGA